AUGUGGAAGCGGGUUGAUUUUGUUGGUAUGGCUGUGUCAUUGGCUGCCUCCAUCCUCAUCAUCUUUGCACUCGAGCAAGGUGGUGUGGCCUACUCGUGGAGCAGUGGUGCUAUUGUAUCAACCUUUGUACUCUCUGGAGUCUUGUGGAUUGCCUUUGUUUUUUGGCAGCGACUGCUUUCCAAGAGCCAUGGCGUCCGUGAGCCCAUGUUCCCGUGGAGCCUGGUGCACAACAGGUUUGUUAUGGGACUACUUUUAAACGGGUUCUUUACAGGUUUCCCCUUUAUGGCUGCUCUUAUCAACAUACCGCAGAGAUUCCAAACGGUCAACAUGACAUCAGCUAUCAACGCUGGCAUUCGUACACUGCCUCUACUUCUCCUAUCUCCAUUGGCGACUGCUAUCAACGGGAUAUUGGUCUCCAAGCUGGGAGUCCCUCCUCUCUACACGCUCUUCCUCGGAGGUUCACUGCAGACAAUAGGAGUUGGCCUAUAUAGCUCCUUGAAAUCAUCAGUCUCUAUUGCCUCGGCCCAGUAUGGCUACGAGGCUAUCAUGGGCUUCGGUUUCGGGUUCAACCUCAGCACAAUCCUGAUGAUGGUGCCGCUCGUCGUCACUGAGAAAGAUUUAGGUAUGAACCCCCAAUUCGCCUGCCAAACCAUCAAUGCUUUUCAACUGACAUAA